CUUGCCGCAAGCCACGACGCGGCAUUCGUGCCGCUGAUUGCGCAAGCUUCGACUGCACCUACGCUGUUCUUGACCACGACUAGCGCGUUUCCCAGCGUGCACGCGGCACUGGAAGGGAGCUAUACAACCGUGCUCUCCGACACCAGGGAGAGAACCGCACCGUACGACCGCACACAUCAUCGUACAGCGCCGCCACAGUGCGACGAUGCCGCGACGACGACACCCGCUGUUACUUGCAGCACUCGCCACGGCGGCGGCGCUGCGCCAGCCGCCGCGCCGCAUCGCCGCCGAGAAGACGCUGCGCGUGCUCAUCGCGGACGUCGGCGACGAAGUCCAGUGGCUCCCCGGCGACCGGCGGACGAUCCGACGGCCGUCGCCGUCGCAGGCGGCGGCGCUGAACGCCGCCGCGGCGGAAGCCUUGUUUUCCGAGUCGCCCGCGCUCGUCGCGAUGCUGCCGACGGUCGCGCAGGAGGAGUACCCCCAGAACGACGAGGCUGUGCUCGCACCGGGCGGCGGCGGCCGGCGCGUGCGGUACCAGGAGGGCGUCCACGACGAGGGCACGCGCCGCGACGGCCAGAGCGCCUUCCGGCGGGCGUUCAUGGACGCGAAGCAGACGUCGUCGGGCCUGCGCGUGGCCGCGCUGUGCGCCGUGCGCGGCGUGCGGACGGCCGGUAGUCGCGAGGCCAAGGGCGUGCGGCCGAUUAUUGAGAGAGCAACCCUAGAGGUCGUCGGCCGCGUCGCGGUCAAGCGCCUCGAGGUCCUGGCGGAGAAGGACGAGGCCUACUGGUCCGACGACAAGGCCGCCGGCGGCACCGGCCUGGUCGCGGCGGUCGGCGGCUCGGCCGUGCUCCAGGACGCGUGGGUCGACGAAAUCAAGCAGAGUCCCGUGCAUGCCGUGCAUCGCCUGAGGCCGCUCGCCGACGACUGCGCGCGCUUCCACGACUUGAUUCGGGAGCGGCUCCGCGACACGUCGGACGAAGUGUGGAAAUCAACCAGUGUGUCGGGUGGGUGAGGAACCGGCAUCGCCACGCCAUCGAGCAAGCGCCGCAUCGGUGGCGUGGAGGUCGACGCGGCGAAUGCGCCGUAAAUUUGAUUUCCACACAGGUCGGACGAGGUCGACCUGGCGGUGGACCGGUCGCUUGUAGAUGCAGCCGAGGCGGCGCUGGCGGCGACGCGCGAGACCGAGGUCGGCGACGCCGUCGGCGCGACGCUCUACGACGCCUACGGCGAUAUUGUAGAUACGCCCGCGGAGAUCGACGAGCUUCGGGCGCUGUCUUUCGCCGCGUGGCGCGCGCUGCGGCCACCGAGAGGCGUCGCCUCGGCAAACGACGUCAUGUGGGCGUUCGGAACCCGGUCGACCGAGUCGAGACUCCAGCGCGCGCGAGAGCUGUUGCUCGCGCAGUGGGAGGCGCUCGAGGAGGAAGCAACGUCCUAGCUUAUUAAUAGUGUGUAUAACA